UAUCCUUCAGCCAGAACCAAACUCUGGUGUUUCUCAGACAGUGCGUUUUCACUAUGAGUGGCUGCCCAUUUUUACGAGAUAAAUUUGGAUAUGAUUUUAAAAAACGCUCUUUAGAAGGCAGUGAAGAAGACAAAUCACAAACCGGUAUAAAUAGAGCCAGCAAAGAAGGACUUAACUAUGGCAAUUAUCUGCAUCUGGAAAAAAUUUUGAAAGCACAGGAGCUUCAAAGUGAAAUAAAAGGAAAUAAAAUCCAUGAUGAACAUCUUUUCAUCAUAACUCAUCAAGCUUAUGAACUCUGGUUUAAACAAAUCCUCUGGGAAUUAGAUUCUGUUCGAGAGAUCUUUCAAAAUGGCCAUCUCAGAGAUGAAAGGAACAUGCUGAAGGUUGUUACUCGAGUGCAUCGCAUGGUAGUGAUCCUUAAACUACUGGUGCAGCAGUUUUCCGUUCUAGAAACGAUGGCCGCCUUGGACUUCAAUGACUUCAGAGAGUACUUAUCUCUAGCAUCAGGCUUCCAGAGUUUGCAGUUCCGACUACUAGAAAACAAGUUAGGUGUUCUUCAGCGUUUGCAAGUUCCUUACAACAAAAGACAUUACCAUAACUUCAAAGGAGAAGAUAAUGACCUGCUGCUUAAGUCCCAGCAAGAAAAAACACUUCUGCAACUAGUGGAGGCAUGGCUGGAAAGAACUCCAGGUCUAGAGCUGCAUGGAUUUAACUUCUGGGGAAAGUUUGAAAAAAAUAUUGUCGAAGGCCUACAAAAAGAAUUCACAAAAAUUCAGGCUAAGGAAGAGUCAGAGGAAAAAGAGGAACAAAUGGCUGAAUUUCAGCAACGAAAAGAGAUAUUACUCUCUUUAUUUGAUGAGAAACGUCAAGAGAAUCUCCUUAGUAAAGGUGAAAGGCGACUGUCAUACAGAGCACUUCAGGGGGCCUUGAUGAUUUAUUUUUACAGGGAAGAACCUAGAUUCCAGGUCCCUUUUCAGUUGCUGACUUCUCUUAUGGACAUUGACACACUCAUGACUAAAUGGAGAUAUAACCAUGUGUGCCUGGUGCACAGAAUGCUGGGUAGCAAAAGUGGCACAGGUGGGUCAUCAGGCUACCAGUACCUGCGCUCAACAGUAAGUGACAAGUACAAGGUAUUUGUAGAUUUAUUUAAUCUUUCAACAUACCUGGUUCCCCGACACUGGAUACCGAAGAUGAAUCCAAAUAUUCAUAAAUUCCUUUACAUUGCUGAAUAUUGUGAUAGCUCUUACUCCAGGAGCGAAGAAUCAGAUUAACAUCAUCUGCAAAAAUCUACGAAGAACACUGAUUUCUGU